AUGGCUUCCAAGGGCAACCACCUUCUGGUCUUCGGUGCUUCUGGGAUCUCCGGGUGGGCAUGUGUCAAAGAAACCUUAAGCUAUCCGACUUCAUCGUCGUUCGAGAAGGUCACAGGCCUGACCAACCGCCCGCUAUCCGUUGAAGACUCCAAACUUCCAGAGGAUGAUCGUAUCCAACUCGUCUCGGGCAUCGACCUCACCGGCUCUGUCGAAAGCGUUGUGUCCUCCUUCAAGGAGAAGAUUCAAGGCAUCGAGACCGUCACACACGCCAUCUUCACUGCGUACAUCCAGAAGCCGGAUUUCGAGUCUCUGCGGAAGGUAAACACGGACUUGGUAAACACGGCUUCCAUUGCUCUCGAUCAGGUCGCCCCAAAGCUGCAAAGCUUCGUGCUCCAGACUGGCGGAAAGGGAUAUGGCGUUGAGUUUCCAGAUAAGUUGGAAAUCAACCCACCGCUCAAGGAGAGUCAGCCGCGGAUUCCCAAGCCUUACUAUGACAACAUUUUCUACUACACCCAGUACGACACCCUCAAAGAAUUGACAGCCUCCAGAUCCUGGACGUUCUCCGAGAUCCGUCCCGACGUAAUCAUAGGCUUCGUACCCACAACCAACGCCAUGAACUGCGCUCAAGGGCUCGGACUCUGGCUCUCACUGGCUCGAGAGGUUUACGGUGCUGGAGCCAAGAUCCCUUUCCCUGGACCAGAGAAGAGCUACCACAAUAAGCACACGGACACAUUCCAGGAUAUUCUUGGCCGGAUGGAGAUCUACGCAGCUCUCAAUCACGAUAAAUGCGGCAAAGGUGGCGUCUUCAACGUCGCUGAUGGGGACGUCGUCACUUGGGCUGAUAAGUGGCCUGGUAUCUGCAAGGACUUCGGCCUAGAAGGGACGCCUCCUGGUACUGAGCCGUAUUCUGUCGAGGAGUUCGUUAAGCAGAACGAGGCUACUUGGCAGAAGCUCGUGCAGAAGCAUGGAUUGAAAGAAGGCAUCAUGGAGAAAUUCGCAUGGCAAUUUCUGCAUUUCGUCAUGGCUAUCUUCGAUUUCGACAGGCAGUAUGAUCUGUCUGCGGGGAGGUCGGUCGGGUUCAAUGAGAAGAUUGAUACUGUGAAGGGGUAUACGACUUCCUUUCAAAGGAUGAGGGAGGCGAGGAUUAUCCCGUAG